AUGUUCAUACGAACAAGUAAGAAUCUCAAAGCAUUAGUGAUUCCUGAUGAUAAUGAACUUGCAUUGUUUCCGCCAACAGCAAUGUUUGCAAAUUAUAAACCUGGAUUAUCUCAAUUAGUUAGAUUGGAAUGUAGUAUUUAUGCACAAAGUAAUAUUAGCGUUUCAAUCACAGAAUUUUUAAAGGCUAUAUCUACGAUAUGCACCAAUAUUAGAAAAAUUUAUUUAUCAUUCAUAUCCAGUAAUCCGAGUGAAGAAUUAAUUACAUCUUAUUCAAACAUAAUCAAAACUCAAAAGAAAUUAAGAAUUCUUCGUUUUAGUCAAGUGUUGGGAAACACAGGAAAAUUAAUUACGGCCUUAGAGCAAAAACUUUUCUUAGAACAUCUUGAAUUCUCCAAUGUAGAUUUUUCAACUAUAUCACCUUCGGAUAUAAAAGUACUCGCACAGUGUAAAAAUUUGAGAACGUUAAGAUUUAUAAAUUGUAGAGGGAUGACAUUGGAACAUUGUACUUCAUUAUUAAAUUAUCCAUUAGAAAAUUUGAGAGAACUUAAACUUUUAAGUGGAAGUUUUGAUUCAAAUAUUGUAAACUUUUUGGUUGAGACGUGGGGUUCAACUUUAGAAAAAUUGCAUUUGGAUCGGAUUCAAACACAAGUACUAUCAAAUAUAUUCAUAAAUCAUUGUUCAAACCUUAAAUAUUUGCGCGUUAACGUCAAAGAUGGAGAUGAAUUUUUGUUACCAUUUCUUAGUCAAUCUUCUCUCCUAUAUUUGACUAUGAUAUCAUAUUAUACUACAAGUUUUUCAUACGAAUUGGGUCGAAAUUUACCAACCAGUUUAAAAUGUUUAGAAUUAAAAAAGUUUUAUUUAGCUCCAGAAAGUUUUGACAAAUUUUUGAAAAAUUGCAAACAUUUGGUUAAAUUAGAAAAGCUUAUCAUCGGAACUUCUUCACCAUUGGUGGAUCACUAUACAAGUCUUAGAGAAUUCAUUAAAUCUUGUAAAAAUUUAAAAAUAAUUACAUUUUAUUAUAGAGAUUUCUUUAUAAAUGAUUCGGUGGAGGAAAGGAUUAAAGCCGUUGUUAAAGAAAUUACAAAUCUUGGUGUUGCCUGUAUGUAUUAUGGUUAUGAAGAUAGGUCUGAUGAUUAUUGA